AGCAGCGCCCGGCCCGGGACGCCCGGGGGCCGGAUGGCGGAGCCCACGCGCGCCGCGGAGCCGAGGAGGUUUGCGCUCCGCUCGCCGCGCUGCGGGGAGGGCGCGGUGCCAGGCGCGAGCUCCCAGAGACCCAAAAAGAAAGCUUUUUAUUUGCUGAGUUUGAAGCCCCUGAAGGAGCCCGCCCCCAACGACAGCAACAACAACGUGUCCUUUGUGAUCCAUUGUCAACUAGGCAAGGAGAUCAAACACAUUUGCAGCAACUGCAGUCGUGGGGAGGACGCCCGGGACGCUGAGGAAGUGGAGAGGCUGGCGGCAAUGCGAUCUGACUCCCUUGUCCCAGGUACCCACACCCCACCCAUCCGGAGGAGGAGUAAGUUUGCCAACCUGGGAAGGAUUUUCAAGCCUUGGAAAUGGAGGAAGAAGAAGAGUGAAAAGUUCAAACACACGUCUGCAGCCCUGGAAAGGAAAAUAUCGAUGAGGCAAAGCAGAGAGGAGCUAAUAAAACGAGGGGUCUUGAAGGAAAUCUAUGAUAAAGACGGGGAGCUCUCCAUAUCGAAUGAAGAUGACUCCCUGGAAAACGGGCAGUCCCUGAGCUCCAGCCAGCUAUCUCUGCCCGCCCUGUCCGAGAUGGAGCCAGUCCCGAUGCCCAGGGAUCCCUGCUCAUACGAGGUGCUCCAACCUUCCGACAUCAUGGAUGGGACAGUGUCUGAAGAGAGUCCCUCUGCCAGUGAGUCUGGAGUCCUCCUGCCCCAAGAUCCUUCAGCCAAACCCGUCCUGCUCCUGCCCCCCAAAAAACCUGCUGCUUUCCCUGGAGACCAUGAGGAGACCCCAGUGAAGCAGCUCUCUCUCCUCAAGCAACCCCCUGCCCUGCCUCCCAAACCCACUGCCAGGAUUGCCAACCACUUAACAGAUCCUGGCGCCCCUGUGAAAUUGCCUUGUCUGCCAGUGAAGCUGUCGCCUCCGCUACCUCCAAAGAAAGUCAUGAUCUGUAUGCCCAUGGGGGGGCCGGACCUCUCCCUGGCGUCCUACGCGGCCCAGAAGAGCGGCCAGCAGGGCGGGGCCCAGCACCACCACACCGUCCUGCCCUCCCAGAUCCAGCACCAGCUGCAGUACGGCAGCCUCAGCCAGCACCUCCCUGCCACCACCGGCUCCCUCCCCAUGCACCCCUCGGGCUGCAGGAUGAUAGAUGAACUGAACAAAACGCUGGCCAUGACCAUGCAGAGGCUGGAAAGCUCUGAGCCGCGGGUGCCCUGCUCUACUUCUUACCACAGCUCUGGUUUGCACUCGGGUGACAGUGUCACAAAAGCAGGACCUCUGGGCCUUCCGGAAAUAAGACAAGUGCCAACUGUUGUGAUUGAAUGUGAUGACAAUAAAGAAAAUGUGCCUCAUGAAGCAGACUACGAAGACUCUUCUUGCCUGUACGCAAGAGAAGAGGAGGAGGAGGAGGAAGAGGAAGAGGAUGACGACACCUCGUUGUAUACCAGCUCCCUGGCCAUGAAGGUGUGCAGGAAGGACUCCUUAGCCAUCAAACUCAGCAACAGGCCCUCCAAGCGAGAGCUGGAAGAAAAGAACAUCCUUCCGAGGCAGACGGAUGAGGAGCGGUUGGAGCUGAGGCAGCAGAUCGGCACCAAGCUCACCAGGCGACUGAGCCAGAGGCCGACUGCAGAGGAGUUGGAGCAGAGGAACAUUUUGAAACCUCGGAAUGAACAAGAGGAACAAGAGGAGAAACGAGAGAUCAAGAGGAGAUUAACUCGAAAGCUCAGCCAGAGGCCCACAGUGGAGGAGCUUAGGGAACGGAAGAUCCUCAUCCGCUUCAGCGAUUACGUGGAGGUGGCCGAUGCUCAGGACUAUGACCGCAGGGCCGACAAGCCCUGGACCCGCCUCACCGCUGCCGACAAAGCUGCCAUUCGGAAGGAGCUCAAUGAAUUUAAAAGCACUGAAAUGGAAGUUCACGAAUUGAGUAGACAUUUAACAAGGUUUCACCGACCUUAACAGUUGAAUUCCUCUUGAGUGCUAUGCUGUCUUCAAAACAUAAGUUUAUAAGAACCAUAAGUGCUGGUAUUUAUUCACUUCCCCAUUACGAUGUAAAUCUUCUGAACUACCUUUUUUUAAAAGAAGAAGAAGAAAAGGAAAAGGAGACACAAUCAGGAUUGCGAUGGUUACGGCUCCGUGGUCAGAGGUGCUGGCGCCACCGCUGAGGGACUGUGCCCUGUCCCGGGCAGGGCCGAGGGCACCGGAGACUUUCCCGCAAUAGGAGAAGCCCCGGGCCUCUCCGGCCAGGCUGGCAGGUACCACGUUUGUUCAGGCUCCGGCGAGCCUUAGGCGACAGACACUUUGGAGGCAGAGUCCAAAGAAAGCCGAGGCGGUGGAUCUGGCCUGGGCUGACUGUGCAAAGCAGGCGAGCCGGCUGGCCUUCUAGACGUGGCCAAGUACACUGGCUCCAGGUGUGCCAGCUGGUUUGGGGGCCCCUGCGGAGGAGGCUGCUGAGAGGGACCACUGUCCUCCUCUCCCUUCAGCUAUCACCCCUGCCGUGAACUAAAGGGAGAGCCCUUUUCUGGGGAGCCUGUGGUCGACAGUGCGUGCUCCAGGCCUGGAAGGCUGGCACGAGCGCCUGGCCUGUGCCCUCAGGCUGAGCCAGGCUGCCUUCCAGGAAGCUCUGGUUUAGAAGGGGGAAGCCGUCAUUAGCAAAGCCCAGCGUCACGGGUGAUCUUACGCAUACCAACAGCCAUUGGAGGCGUGGUGGUAUCGUGCAUGCGAGCAUAAGAACCCUUCUGCGGGCAUAAAGGCUGGCGUAACACACGGCUUGGCCGAUGCUCUUCCUUUGCUCUGCGUGCCCCAGGGCUGGUGGCCGGGGAGCUUGGCAGUUAGUUAAUGGCCUUUGAGUCGAGGACCGAUGCAUGCAGGCCAGAAACCAUUCCUGAAAGGCUGCAUUUCCAGCCACUGGUGGACUGGUCCUCCAGAACCACCGGAGGGCCUUCCAGGCUUGCUCUGCACUGAGGAGCCUGUGCAGAAGCCCCGGCGUUGGGCAGACGCCAGCCACACGUGCUGUGCUGUACCUUCCACGCCUGCCCCUCCAGGGAGCAUCCUGCCUCUCCCUCCUGAUGCUGGUGAGGGUGACUGGAGGUGUAUCUCUGACCAUCCUCCUCACUCGGGACCGCAGGAAAGCAGUGGUGACAGGGUAGGUGAGGGUAGGAUGGGCAGUGGAGGAGGGGCCUCUCCAAACCCUGACUGCUCUCUGGAGGAGGCCGCUUGAGCUCCUUCCGGUUUCCUUCCUGACGGAGCCUGUAGGGCCCUCAGCCGUGCAGCUCUGCCUUGCGUCCUGCCGUGAUCCUGUAGUUCCCGCCAGCUCUCCCAGUGAUGGCUUGCUCCCCGCCACACAGGCCCAGGCUUCAGAAAGAAAGAUGCCAAGCUUGGGCUUCACAAAAAAAGUUAACUGGUCCCCACCCCAAAACGCGUGGGAUCAAUUUACUCUUGGGCUCCACAGCCAUGGGUGAGGCCAGUUCCUUUUCCGCUGGCGCUCACGGCCCCCACGGCCGGCGUCACCGUGCACUUGGCAGGGAGCUCGGGGCAGCGUUCCAGGCAGUGCCCAGGCAGUGCCCGCCGGCUGAUGCCAAGCUGGCGCACGCUUUCCUCGCAUCGCCUGGCGCCCAGCCCCAGGAGGACGUGUCACCGCAUCCUUUUUUCUCUGAAUGUUGAAUCCGCAUAGUUACCGCCGUGGGUGGGGUGACUGAUUCAGGGAAGAUGGGGCCAGGGCUGUAGCGUGGCUGUAAACAGCAUCUUCCCGAAAGGCUUACUGACCUUUGAAUGUGCAGAUGGCACGCCAAGGGACGUGGGGCUCUUCCGUGUAACUCUUCCGCGGCGGGCGCGUCUUCCAGGCAGAGGUGCCCGCCCUGCCAGGAUCUGAGUCUGGGCUCCCUGUGGCUCGCGGUGGCCUGGAGCGACAGUCAGCCUUCCCCUGGCCCAGGAGCGAGUCCUAAGGGACCUCACUCCGCUGCCUGGACGCCUCGCAGAGGCCAGUGGUUCUCUGCUGGCCUUGGUUCCGGGCCUUUCAGAUUCCCCGGGAACAUGAUGCCUAAAUCGAGUUCCCCACAGCUAGCCAGCGGUCCCGGGUUCCCGCCCAAAGUGCCCUAUUGUUGCAGCCACUUUGUGCGUGGAAGAAACUGAACGCAGUUUCUACUCCUCCUGCAGGGCAGCCUUUUCCGGAAGUAACUCCCUGCAAGUGGAAGGGUGCCCUUCCCGUGUCACCACCACGAGCUGGGCUCUUCCAAGCCCGCUGUAAGCAGCCCAGCAACUUCCGUAGGUCAUAGGAUGAGCCCUCUGCUGUCUUUCCUUCCUUGAAAUCUUGAGGUCUUUAUAGAAAUCUAUCCAAAUUUCCUUUCUGCCACAUUGUUAUGACAAUUGAAAAAUGUGUUUCUUUCCAAGAUGACGAUUCCAUAUUAAGGGGGAAAAAAAAGAUGGGCGGGCUGGCUGGCUUACAAUGCAUCCCUUUUCUGAAAAAGCUGCAGUUUGAGCCUGUUUUCAUUUGCAUUAGCAUCAGAAGAAAAACGUGAGAUUUCUCAAAAUGCUUCCCUCUCGAAAUCAAACAUCGGCCCGAAGUCCCCACCCCGUCCGUGACAGAAGAGACUGCCAUCGGCCUACUUACUGUUUCGAAAUUGCUGGUAUAUUCCUCCCCAAAGGCCCUCAAAGCUCUGUAAAACUUUAGCCUUUAUGUCAGAUUAGAGAAACCAAACGACGUGACGGUUGAUGUGAUGAAAACCUCCGAGCUUAUUUUUCUCCUGCUUACGAACGUGUGUUUAUAUUUGCCGAAUGAAAAUCGUGGUGUGCGCUUCGGUGAAUGGAAUUGCAGGCUCUCCCUGUGCACAGCCAGUGGGCGAAGGUCACCUUAAACAACUUUUUCUUCCCAUUUGUCUGUUGAUCCCCAAACCGGUUGCUUUCUUCCAGUUGCUUCCCGGGUGUCUGUACAUAGUUUGUCCUUGUACCAGAGCACUCUCCUGUGUUCUGCUUUAACAGCCAGCGGCUGUAUGAGGAAGACAGUGUGAAUAGAACACAAAUUAAACUGGAUCUCUAUGGCCUAGGUUUUGUACAUACAGAAACUGCAUGGUAUUUAAA